AUGGCACCAUGGCGCGAUGGCACAAUCUGCUUUGACGAGCAUCAAGUCAUGAACUGGCAUCCAGCAAAGUUCUUCACUGAUGUGGAGCUCAAAACCCCGUAUGCCCUGCUACUACUGAAUCAGUCCUUGAACGAGUCGGCAUACAAGAGGGUUGUUGGUCGUGGUAUGCUGCUGCAGCCUUCCGCAGAAGGAGAUCUACUAAUCAUCCCAGCGUCAAUGAUAACAUGUGGUGAUGGCGGUGCGAACCAGCUAUAUGACAUAUUUCAGCGGCAGCAAAAUGAUCCAUUACGUAGAUUUCCCGAUGCUAUCGUUGGGGAUCUGGACUCGCUCAGGGAUGAUGUACGAGACUUUUUCCAAGACGCAGGAAGAACGCAGAUUGUGCGAGUGCCUGACCAGGACUCGACAGACUUCACCAAGGCCUUACGAUGGCUAAAGGAGCACGGGAAGAGAAACUCGGAAGAUCGUGUCGACGUCGUCGUCUUUGGAUGUCUGGGUGGGCGUGUCGAUCAAGGCUUCUCGAUUGUCCAUCACUUGUUCAAGGCUGUCAGUGAUGCAGAACUGCUGACGGGAGAUAUCUAUCUGCUCUCAGAACAGAGUCUGUCCUUCGUGCUGGAGAAGGGACGCAACCUCAUUCACGGUCUGGCUCCUGGCGCAAACCACAUAUUUCAAGAGAGCGUAGGAAUCAUUCCCGUCCGUGGCCCUGCGGUAAUCAGUACAAAGGGCCUGGAAUGGGAUGUAAAGGACUGGAAGACAGAACUUGGAGGACAGCUCAGUACAAGCAACCAUAUCAAGGCUGACGUGGUGGAAAUAGAGGCAUCUGAUCGGAUGCUGUUCACCAUAGAACUAGCAAAUGUAUUGUGCACAAAACCACACUAG